ACAGCUGAUGAUUUAGUGGUAUUCCAGUAGUGUUGGUGAGUGGAUCGUUUGCUGACCGGUUAGUUAGCGGUAUAGUGUUGGUUGUAGAAUAAUAAUGUCUAAGAUUAUUCGUAAAAUUGUUUCAACUGCUAAAUGUCCCAAACCUUUGGCUCCAUACAGUCAAGCUGUUGUAGCCGAUCGUACCGUGUAUUGCUCCGGAGUCAUAGGAAUUGAACUGAAUGAACCGAAAUUGGUUCCUGGAGGCGCUGUAGCUCAAACGGCGAAGGCAUUGGAGCACCUAACGAAUCUUCUACAUGGAGCCGGGUCUGGUAUUGAUAAGGUAGUCAAAACAACUGUGCUUUUGGCCGAUAUGAAUAAUUAUACCGCAGUUAAUGAUGAGUAUAAGCAAGUUUUUAGUGACAAUUUCCCAGCUCGAACAUGUUACGCGGUAGCGAAACUUCCUCUCGGUGCUGCAGUUGAAAUCGAAGCAGUAGCUAUUGUCGGAGAUGUAACGCAUGUAAAUUAGUCAGUUAAUGAGUAUCUUAUGAAAAUUCCGAUUGUUCUUUGUACUGAAAAAAAAUAAAAGAACAUAGUUUUUAAUGACUGAAAAGUAUCAGGUAUAUAUCGAGAUAAAACGGUUUUAAGAAUUUGCAA